GGGAGGUGUAGGCGGCAGUGAAGAGAAUUUGUCAUUCCAUUGAAGUUUUUGCUUCCUUGAGCAAAUUUUCAGCUAACAACCUAGGCGUGGAUGCCAUAUUUGUGUACACAAAGUUCGGACAUUUGGCACCACUCGUCUCAAAACUGUCCGUAUCCACCCAUAUUUGCCUUCACUAGUGACAAUGACUCCCGGCUGGCUUUAAAUCUGUAAUGGGGGGGUUAUUCCCUUGCUUGUUGAUCUUUCAGAUGAUAUGGAAGGCAACAUCUCAAGAACCAUGGAUCUUAUGAAAACAAAGGAAAUGGUGAAACCUCGAGAUGUUGUUUUGGUGGUUUCAGACUCAACUCCAACCAUCCUAAAUCCGACUGCUUUCCAGGCAAUCUAGGUCAGGAAGGUUGACUAGCAUUCUCCAUGAGAGGCAAGUUGAUGUUGAUGAGUCCAGAAGGUAAAGGAAGAAUCUUUAUGCUUUUCCUACCCAUUUGUUUGAUAUUUGAUGACAAUUGACCAUUUAUACUGUUGAAAAUGUAUUGCAUAAAUUGUGCUUGGUUGC